ACGGGGCGCACGCGCGUGCGAGGCGGGGCCGGGGCCGGAAGAGGGCGCAGGAGCAAGCGGCGGAGCGCGGUUCUCGGAGGCCGGGUUCCGAAUGGCGGCUCCUCAGCGGUUUCGAGUCCUGAGGUGCUGCAGCUGCCGCCUUUUCCAAGUGCACCAGCUGAAGAAGAGUCUCAAAUGGACAUGCAAAUCAUGCGGAGAGAAGCAGUCCUUUUUGCGGGCUUACGGUGAGGGCUCCGGGGCUGACUGCAGACGCCAUGUCCAGAAAUUAAACCUGCUGCAGGGACAGGUUUCAGAGAUGUCACUCAGGUCUCUGGGAGGUUUUAGAAGUGCCAGUGAAGAAGAAAUUGGAGGUUACCAGCAGGCUGAGAAUGUGAACCCUCAGGGACAGUCACAGCCCUCUGAGAGCCGCUGGCUGAAGUUUCUGGACAAGGACUCCCCAGCACUGGAACCAGGAGGAGUGUGUUUCCACAGACAGCUUUCAUCCAAAAUGGAGGAUCCAGACCCUCCCUUCAGUCAAGAGCUGCCCAGAAAAAGGAAAUGGAGCCCAAGCACAGCCCAGACGGCACACAGCUGUGAUACCCCAGGCCUGGGCGACGCCGAGGGCACCUGGGAACCCCGUAAGGGCUCCACCGGCCUGACCAAGAAGGUGAAGGAAGACGGCAGUCAUUGCUUCCAGAACUCAGUGGCCUGCAGCACCAGGGAGCUCCGUGUUCCUCGGGAGGAACUGCCAAGUCCAGCCUGGCAGGUUAAGGCUACAUCUUCUAAAUGGACAAGAUAUCUCCCAUCUCCUGUGGACAGCUCACAGGUGGACACAGAGCCACAAGAACCAGCAGAGAGAGGACUCAGGACAGCAGGUCCAGCACAGGCUGAGCAAGGGACCCAAACCCCAAAGGAAAGCUGGGAAGCAGCCACUGUCCAGUUUCCUCAAGUCACACACACUCCCAGGCCUGGGUCCGAGAGGCCCUCUGGGAAUUCCCCUGAGCAGUGGUGGGGUAUGAGGACUCAGGCAGAGGGUGGGUCAUCGGUGCCAGUGUCACAGACCCCUCCAGCCCUCCAGCUAUGUGACCUCUUUACAACAGGGGAGGAUUUCAGCGAUGAUCUGUGAGCAGAGGCCCGGAUGUUACUGAUAACAGACAAUCCUGGUACAAGAGCGCCUCUGCUGGACCAAGAAAUGGGCAGCUCCCUACGGUGCUCAUUUCAACAUGAGUAACCUGUGAAAACCAGAGUAGGACAAGGACACUGCUGACUAAAGUGCUCAUAGCAUUUAAUUACAGAUUGCUUAGAAAUGUGGUAACAAGAUGGCUACACAUUAGAGUCAUCAUAGCAGUGAGGCAGGAGGCAGCCCUCGGUGGAACCCACACCCACACUUCCUCUUACAAGCUGGUCUCCCUCGAAGUGCGAGACCCUCUGGACUGGCUGCAGGGCAGCCCCCCUCAGUCUAUCAGGUUUCUGGCAGCAAAUCAUCUAGAUGUCAGUGCACUAUCAGAAAGCAGAAGGCCACGAGGCAGGCUGUAUUCUUGACUGCUUGUGUGAGGCUGGCAGGGAGCCAGUGCCUGCCCCUGCUGGGCCACCAGUAGCUGCAAAGCCAGGACACUCAAGAGCAGGUGCGUGUUUGACAGACAUCAGCACACACACGGAACUCGCCUCGUGUCACUUGUGCUACUGACCUGAAUGGCCUCAUGCGUGCCCACCCCCUUAGAUUCUGGAGAAGAAUGCAGAGAAACUGGCCCUUAGGGAGGCCCUGCUGUUCUACACUAGCUCAAUGCAACUAGGUGACAGAAGAUAGGCUGGGAAGAUGUUGUCACAACGGUGGUGGGUGCUUCGAAUACUGGAUGGUGUCCAGGGCAGCCCCGAUGUCGUAGUUCUUGGUCUGCAGAAGCCUGGUGAGCCAGCCACCUUCAUCCGAGAAGCCCAUGGACAGCAUCUGAGACAGGGACUCGAUCAGCCGGGGGUCAGCCUCUGCCAGAAACAGGAGCAGAGUCAGUGAAGGAGCGUCACCAGGCCAGGGAAUGAUCCCAAACCCAGCAGAGUGGCCUUCAGCCAGCGUGUCCCCAGAGCCUGUCCAGGGCUAACCCUGUGUUGACCUGCUUCACCUGCACAGGCCCUCCGAGGCGGGAGCCAGUAGGCUUCCCUGCAAAGAUUCAGAGUAGACAUCCCAGGCCGGCUUAGGCAGGCCACAGUCUUCAUUACUGCUCCUAAACGCUGCCAGGCAGCAGGGAAGAGUGAGCAUGGUUGUGUUCCAAUAAAUAUGGGCAGUGAAAUGUCAGCUUCAUCUAACUGUCAUAUGCUUUGUUUAAAAAAAUAUUUAUUUUGAAAGAGUUACAGAAAGGGAGAGACAGAGAUCUCCACCUGCUGUCCCACUUGCCAGACAGCCACAAUGACCAGGGCUGGCCAAGCUGAAACCAGGAGCCAGGAGCUUCAUCUGGGUCUCCCAUGUGGGUGGCAGGGAUCCAAACACGUGGGCCAUCCUCAGAUGCUUUUCCCUGGGCCAUCAGCAAGGAGUUGGAUGGAAGGUAGAGCAACCAGGACAGGAGCCAGCACCCAUAUGGGAUGCUGGCAUUGCAAGCAGUGGCUUUACCCAGUGUGCCACAACGCUGGUCCUGCCCCAUGCUUUUUGACUUCCCAGCCACGUUUAAAUGUGUAAAUUGUCGACCACUGUUUACAACCUCCUGCUUUAAGGCAGAGAAGAUAUAGGCAAGCCCAUGGGCCAGAUGUGGCCCAGAGAUCAAACAGUCACACAGUAGCUGGCUUGAGUCCCAGCUGCUCCACUUCUGAUCCGGCUCCCUGGGAAAGCAGCAGAAGGCAGCCUGUGUGCUGGGGCCCCUGCAUCAGAUGUGGGAGACCCAGAUGGAGUUCCAGAAUCCAGGCUUCAGUCUGGCUCAGCCCCAGCCAUUGUGGCCAUUUAGGGAGUGAACUAGCGGAUGAAGGAUCUAUCAAACUCUGCCUUUCAAAUAAACAGAUAAAUGUUUCAGAGAAAAAUAGUCAUUGAAAUGUUAUUUUAAGCAUUGUUGCCAUGUGACAAUAACCCACCCUGGGUAUCAGCUGCCUCUUCUAUCCAAGAAGUACUCUCUGGGCUGCCACAGUCCCCAGCCACCCUGCUACCUUCCACACCGCCCACUUCGCAGGCUGGCUUCCUGCCUGGCUGUAAGGUAGGCACUCUGAGGAAAGUGCAGACGGUCUCUCAGUCCAGUAUUACUGGGAUAUGUGCAGUGCCAAAUCCAGGGCUGCCCCUUCAUUCCCAUCAACCCACCUUGAUUCUUGAGACUCAACGAACUGCUAAGUUAGCCAAGCUCAACAUGGAUGUAAAAGAACAAACCCAACUCCUCAUGUCGAUGGACAAGCCCACAGCAGAAUAUCCCCACCACUGGCUUGUGUUGCCAGUCAAGUGACAGAGCUCACAGAUGCUGUGAACAGAGACAGGAUACACACCCUCUAGAGAGAACUUGCCUGGUGGGAGGUGGGGGUACAAGGCAGCUUCCUUCAGCCCAGUGGGUCCUUCCUGGGAAGGGUCCAGAGAGCUGGGCCCCUCAGACCCUGGCAUCUGCAGAGACUGGAGUUCACCUGUCGAUGGAUCCACUUCUUUGGAAGACAAGUGGGUCCAGUCAUCAUCUCCUCCUGAGCAGUUAUCCGACUCCAUCUGCUCCUGAACACAACUCACCAUGAGAACUCGGGACACGAGCAACAGGCCCUCCCGGAAAGGCGGCCAGGCUUGUGGGGCCGAGAGCUACUUGGUCACAAGGACCCAGUGUAGUGAAGUUCCCACUGAAGGGCAGAGUGACGGAAGUGCCACAGACAAGACUGUGACAGCAGUGGGGUCCCUCAGGCUGUGCGUGCUGGGGGCGUGGGCCGCAGGUGGGCUGGCGGGGUGACAGCUCACCUCGGGCUGUGCCCCGGUCUCCAGGGCUAUCUUUUUCAUCUGCUCUGCCAGAGACUGUGCUGUGCCCUCGCUGUUCCCAUCCCCCUUGCUGGGUUCAGAGGAGCAGCUGCUCGGCUGAGAGCUACACUUCUCUUCUGUGCUGGAACUUUCUGGAGAGGCAGGUGUCAGGCGGCUUCUUUUACCUCCAUGUUCCACGUCAAUAUCAACUUCAAUGCCUAGAGACCACAGCGAGGGGGAGAGCUAUGAAGUCCUCAGCAUGUUGGGGACUACGGCUGACAACGUGCUCAGUGCCCACAGCGUAAACGUCCAACCGGGCGCCUGGCAAGAUCACCCAUGCUAGUGUGCAGGAGACCCCAGGCACGCAGCCCAGCUGGUCCCCAGGGCUGACUCGAAACGCCCUGCUGCCUGACUCCCCCGGGCCCGUGCAGCCCUCUCUGCUCCCGUGGCUUUGCCUGCCGGCUCGAGUUUACCAGUUCAUUUCUCACUCUGGAUCAGUUUACCUCCCCUUCCCCUAGGCUUUGAGAAACUCCGUUUUUGAUGAAAACUACAACCCGUGUUUAUGUUAGUUCCCCUGACAGAUCUUAGUAACCGGAUCCUCUGUUAGUGUUUUCCCCCGUGUUCUCCAGCUUUGUCUCUGGCUUUCUACAGCAUCGGGGGGGGGGGGGGGGGGUUGCAUCAGAUACCCCCUCAGCUCUGGUGGGUUCCUUGGAGAGGACCCCUCAUGGUGUGCCAGCCUUCUGCCCUGGCCUGGCCACUCUGGGCAGGGACAGGGCUCCGACCCUGGACCACCUUUCCUUUCAUACUGGUAACUCCCUCUCCUCCUUAACGCCUUUGUUCUUCAUUCUGAGUUUGUUUGUUCGUUUGGUCUAAAUCGUGAAGGCUUUCAUACUAGAAAAUAAUCUUGUUCUGCCCUCACACUUGAUUUUAGCGGGGUCCAGAAUUCUCAGUUGAAACCCCAUUUUGACUGAGACUUGCGAAGGCACUGGUCACUGCAGUCUUCUAGCUGCCCCGUGGCCUGGAGGCCCUCCCCUCCGCUGGGACACUUAGCAGCUGAUAAGCAUGGGGUGAGGGGUGCUCAGUCACUGUGCUGGCGUGUGGGAGGCCCCUGCCAUCCAGGGAUUAAGUCCUUCCUCAAGUUUCUCUUCUCUCCCUGGAAUUCCUAUUCAUCCCAUUUGGGGCUUCUAGGACUGCCCUUCUACCAUUUUCCUAUCAUUCCUCCUUGUCCCUAUUCUUGCCGCCUUUGGCAAGUCAUCUUAGUAUCCACAGGGGGUCAUUUUGAGGGCCUCCCUAACACUAAAAGCCACAGGUGCCCAGGUCCCUCGUGUUCAGCUGUUUGUGCAGCACUCACACACAGCUUCUUAGUUACUUUCUUACUUGACAGAGUGCCCAGCAUCUAGUUCACUCCCUAAAUGCCCUCAACAGCCACAGCUGCACCAGGGUGAAGUAGGGGGCUGGAACUCAGUCCAGGUCUCCCGGAAGAGUGACAGCAACUGACAGUCGUCACUGCUGCUUCCCAGGGCUGCCUUAGCACAAAGCUGAAAUCCGGAGAGGCAGGACUGAACCCCGGCACUACAGCAUGGGCUGUGGCCAGCUCAGCCACCAGACGAAACGCCCACGCCUCCCGAAUGCUGUAAAUCAUCUAGAAUACCUGUCAUCCCUAAUAUAACAUCAAUGUUAUGGAAAUAGGCCGUGCUGCUUAGGGAACAAUUAGAAAAAGUCUGUUCAUGUCCAGUGCAGACAUUUUCCCAAAUAGUUUCAACCUACAGAGGACAAUCUGGAGCUGCGGGAAUGGGGGUAGUUGGGGGGGCCCGUGGGCAUGAUAGUUAUGUCUUCGGGACAAUCUCAGAUUCUAAGCUUUCUUUUAAGGUUUUCCUUUUUCCGCUUUAAUUUUCAAUUCUUAUAGUAUUCUCUUUGCUAUUCUGUGGUAUCACAUUCGUCAUGGGAACAUUUUUUCUGUCUCACUGAGGAUAUUAAGUCUCCUGUAAAAGCUUCCUUCCCACACCAGAGCCUGUCCUCAGUGCCUGGUGGAGCCUGGCUAGGUGAGUGUAGAGAUGCACCGAGAAAAAGCUACAAGGAAGCCCUCUGUGGGGCUGGGCGGGUCGGGCAUCGGGGGAGCCCCGCCAGCAGCAACAGUAGGGCUUUCUCUGGGUCCAGCUGGGAAACCGACUGCUGGGUCCUUUGCUUUCAUCGUGUGCGGUUUCAGGCUGGUGCCUCCCCCUGCCCUGAGUCGGCCCUGGUGUCCCAUAGCUGGAGCUCCCUGGGCCAGGCACUCCCGGAGUUAGACAUCAGGCCUCCUCCAAGGGUUGACAAGGGUGGUCAUCUGAGUGGGACCCUGGGGUCCCACCCCCUUGUUCCUGGCCCAUGUUACUCCCACCUGUCCUGGGACCUGAGCAGUCUUGACUUCUUCCAGUGACCCCUGUGCAGCCACAAGGUAGGGGUUGGGGGGUCUCCCAGCCACCACCCCCUACCCGGUUCCCAGACUCCAUGACAUCCUUCUACCUUAUCCUGGUACUUUGCUUCUCUUUUCUGUCCUGCUUACUCUACUUUUCUGUUCACCCUUUACAGUUAUCUUGGAAGAGUUUCAGGAGGGAGGAGACAAGAGCAGGCCUAACCACAAGUGCAGUGUGCUUUGCCGAUACUUCGGGUUAGGCGGACGACUGCAGGGAGGCAGAGAGGAGUCCCAGGACAUGGGAAAGUUACGUUCAUCCCAUACUGUAGUCUAAUGUGCGCUAGCAUUUAACCCAAAAACAAUAAUGUACCCAAUUAUAUUACUUUACUGGGGCAGGCGCUUGGCUUAGCAGUUAAAAUGCCCUCAUCCCAUAUCAGAGUGCCUGGGUUGCAUACCCAUCCCCAGCUCCUGGGUCCAGCUUCCCACAAAUGCACACCCUGGGAGGCAGAAGUGAAGGCUCAAGGAAUUGGGCUGCUGCCACCCACGCGGGAGAGCUGGAUUGCAGGAGUCCAGGGAGUGCACCGAUGAAUGACAGCUGUUUCCACCUCUCAAAGCAAAAUACUUUUUUAAAAAGUACUUUAUUGCUAAAAAUGCUAAUGAGCAUCUGAGCUGUUGGGAAAACAGCAACAGACUGCACCCCGCAGGGCUGCCACGAGCUGCGGGGUGUGCAGAGCGCAGGGAGGAGGGCCCAUCCCUCCGCCCACAGGAUCCCAGCUGUCUUCGCCCCUUUGCCUUCCAGCGCCUCAGUGUGAAAAUGCUGAAGCAGAAAGAAAGCUUAAAGAACAGCAGGAGGACCUCCCUUUUAAAUUUUCUUUCUCCUUUUUUUAAACGGGUGAAUGAAAUAAACCUUAAAAAAAAAAAAAAAAAAAA